AACUACUGGCAGUAUGAUUUAUAUGGUAAUACAAAAAGGCUGCUGCCAGUAGACUUUCAAUUGGUUCUUGUCAAUCCGCUUUUUAAAGCUUCCUUUCUAGCACGCAGAUUGUGCCUGUCAGCAUGCCGUAGUCACGAGCAGAGGAACACGGAUGUUUGUGACUGGAAGCAAAUUAUCGCCUGAUGUUAAACCUUUUGUUCCAAAGCAAAUUUGUUACAAAAGCACACUUGAACCCCCAGAAGCAGAUGUCUUGCCCCCCUACUUGACUACCUGCAACCCAUAUGUCCAGGGGCUAUGUGCAGAAGAGCAGAUAUACACAGAGAACAUCAACUGCAACAGAUCUCAACAGAAUCUCUCUGCACUGUCUUUGGCAGCUACCUCUGCUGCAGAAUAUUCUCCUCCUUGCUCUGCGAAGCCUGCAAUAAACAAGCGUGCACAUGCUUCGUUCCAAAAUAGAGAUGGCUACACCAGAAAUUGCAGUAACACCAGACAAAACAAGAACACAGAAGGGCCAUGUGAUUCAUCAGGGGAAUUUUCAGCCUCUGUGCAGUCAUCAAAGGCACGAAAUCCAAAGUUUGAAUCUGGCAUUCGGGGACAGGAAUCAAAUAAAAACCCAGCUGAUGUAUCUUUGCGUGAAGUAAACCCACAGAAAGCAGGUGUGAUUACAUCAGAUAGAAGUCGAAAACCUAAAACUCAUCCAAAGGAGGCUGACUCAUUUGAAGUUACACUUGCAGAUUUUCCUGAACUGGAGACUUCUGCCAUUUGUAGCCCUGUUCAGUCAGUCCAACACAAUCCUAAAUCAACAUGGGCUUCAGCUUUACCAUCGAGUACUAACCACAGUCAGAUUGUUAGACCAGACACACUGCUUCCUCAUUCAAAUAAGAAUAAACUUCCAAGAAGAGAAGAAACUGCCCUCCCUCCACAAAAUUCUACAAAUGAAAAUGUGGAUUCAAGUACACAUUCCAUUUCAUUGCAAGCAGCCCAGUCUUCGGAGAGCUCCUUGCCUAGUUCUCGUCCUGCAUCGUCUUGGGCUAACAUUGCUUCACUGCCACCCAAGAAGCCUGCUCCAAAAGAAUUGCCUCGUAGUGUGACAGAUCCCAAACAAAAACCAGGAGCUAUACAGCAGAAACCAGGUGAAGGAGACAUGGAAGAACCCACUGAGAAGAAAAAAAAGAAGAAAAGGAAGAAACCAAAGCUACCAGGCAAUGCUCCAGUGCCCGAAGAGACCACAGCUGUAGUUCAAGAGCUGCCUAAGUUUGAGGACGAGGAUGAAUUCCCUGAUCUGGCAGGUGCGUCUGGCAAUACUAACAAAGCACAUCGUUCUGCAAACCAGAGCAUCUUCUGCAGCAGCGUUGCAAAGAAGCAACAUGAGAUACCAGACAAUACAGGUUGUGUUGGUACAUCUGUUCAUUCAACUGCCGAGAGAGUCGUGUCAUCAAAAGACCAAAAGACUGCAAAGAUACCAACAAGUCAGGCUAUUUGUAACACUACAGAAACAAAGAUAGUACAGAAAGCUGUGAAGACAAGUGGUAAAAAGAGCAACAAUCCAGUGCAGUUUGAUCUUGGUGACAUGCUACAGGUACUGGAACGAAAACAGCAAGCUCAGAAAUCCAAGCAGGAUGCAAAACCAGUAGUACUCUCAGUUGGAGGUGCACUUCCAAUGGUUCCUAAAAAUCCCUUGGUGCAGAAGAAACACCCCAGACAGCUGGAAAAAGUGGCUCACAACCCCCUGGAUUCCACAAGUCCUUUGGUAAAGAAAGGCAAGCAGAGGGAGGUUCCAAAAGCUAAGAAACCAUCACCUCUGAAAAAGAUCAUUUUAAAGGAAAGGGAGGAAAGGAAACAGUGUCGGUUACUGGAAGAACAGGGACUGAAUCCAGCAACUGAACUCGCAGUAUCAAAUGUACAGAAUGAGGAGCAGUUUGAAGAAGAACUUGAGGGUCAUGAAUCUUUAAAUACCACAGAUUUUACAGAUGGUCAAAGCACUCCUGAUGUGCCCGAUCAGCUAGAAGAAGAGCAAAAGAAGACCGAUGAACUGACUCCUGUUGAGAACCAGGCUGGCUCUAAAAGGCCCAAAAUACACAGCAGGAGAUUUAGAGAGUACUGCAGCCAAGUCCUCAGUAAAGAAAUUGAUAAUUCUGUGAUAGACCUGCUGAAGGAGCUGGUACGCUUCCAAGAUCGCUUGUACCUGAAGGACCCCCUGAAAGCCAAGAUGAAGCGCAGGCUAGUCAUGGGUCUCCGAGAAGUCCUUAAGCACUUAAAGCUCAAAAAACUGAAGUGUGUCAUCAUCUCCCCCAACUGUGAAAGAGUACAGUCCAAAGGGGGGUUGGAUGAAGCUCUGCACACUAUUAUUGACACUUGCCGUGAGCAAAAUGUCCCGUUUGUGUUUGCUCUCGCUCGGAAAACCCUCGGGCGCUGUGUAAAUAAGGCUGUGCCCGUUAGUGUUGUAGGUAUUUUCAGUUACGAUGGUGCCCAGGACCAUUUUCAUAAAACCAUUGAACUUUCGUCUGAAGCCAGGAACGCUUAUGAAGCGAUGGUUGCAAGUUUGGAGAAAGGUGAAGGAUAUGAUGACCAGGAUGAGUUUCCCCAAAAUCUGCCUGCCUUGCAGGACACAGCUCAGCCGACCUCUGAAUCUGAUGAACCAGAAUACAUAAAAACUUGGAAGAAAAUGCUUGAAAAUGAGUGUAACUUUCAAUUUCUAAACUUUGAAGACACGACUACCGGGACCCUAAACUGCAGUUUAAAACUGCAUUCUGAUGACAAUGUGGAGAGCUGAUGAGUCUUACUACUGUACAUCACCUACUGGACUUUUUAAACUACAGCUAUGGCCAAAAGUUUUGCAUCAACCUAUAGAAUUAACUAGCUUUGCUUCACAGUUGAAUGAAACCU